AAUGACUCGGUUUUCUGCACUUAAAAUGUUCCCAUACAGGUAUUCUGCACCUUAUAGCAGUCGGUUCCCAGUGGUUGCCUGGCGUCUCUAAGCAGUAAUCAUGAUUCCAUUUGUGGAAAAUUUGGCAGAUUUCGACCGCAUCCUGUCUCUACAAGAUAACAAACUGGUGGUGGUGGAAUUCACAGCUCGGUAUUAUCCUAACUGCCAAACGAUAGAGCCACUAUAUGAAGCACUGGCAGAGGAUCCUGAAAACAAAGAUAUGAUUUUCUUGAAGGUGGACGUGAAUAACGGUGACGAGGUGGCAGAGAAGUGCAGAAUCAAAGCCUUACCUACAUUCCAAUUCUACAUAGAUGAAAAGAAGGUGGAUGAAUUUUCUGGUGCUAACGGGUUAAGAUUGAGAGACAAAAUUGAACGGGUGAGGGAAAUUUACUGCUCACCAUUCCAAAUAUGACCACACUGCGCUGUUUCCUUCAGUGUUUGUAUGGAUCACCCUUAAUAAUUGACUACAAAUAUAUUUGAACCUGAUUAGUGACAUUUUGUGAGUUGGCUUUGAUCCUAAAAUGUUCUGAAUGUUUUCAAAGAUGUGGAUUUAAUAAAUGAUGAAUCACUGA